AUGGGCUUCCACAGAUCAUCCACCGACAUCAAGAUCAAGGAUAAGCACCUCCUCACUGCUUAUUGUCAGCGACCUUCGGGGGAACCUAGAUAUUCAGAGUUAGAUCUGGAUCAAUUCCUCGGGGCAAAGAAAGGGCAAUUCUCCUGGGGCGACCGAAACUUUUCAAAGAGUUCACGCGACGUGGUCUUCAAGCUAGAUGGAAACGAACCUAUGCUACAUGCGCAGCUCGAUGACGGCGAAGGAAAUAUCCAAGAGAGUGAGCUGAACCUGGGACAUUGCAUCAAAAACGAGGACGGUCGUCUAUGUUUCAUGGAAUGUUUCUAA